ACAGGGACGUAUACGCAAGUUGGCAGAUGAGGCCGCGACGUAGCUUUACCUGGCCGCCUGACUACUACGCCGCGGGCUUAUAUACUCUUUUCAAGAACGACUGACGCCUAAGCGAGUAACGGCGGCUCAGUGCGAAAUUAGGAAAAAGCUCUGCGCACUCUGCGGUAAAACCAUGAGCGCGCGGGGCGUAUGGCCCGCCGCCCUCCUCCUGCUCGCGGCGGCGGCCACCGCCCGCGAGGUCGUGCGUCUGGGAUAUUUCACAGAAGCGCAGCCGUUCGAGGUCGCAUGCGCGCGCGGCUGGUUCGAAGGCGAGCUUGACAUCGAGGUCGUAUGUCUGCCGCAGUCCGCGGGCGUCGGCGCCGUCUCGAAGAUCGACGACGGCGACCUCGAAAUUAGUCUACUGGGCUCGACGCCCGCGGCCGCGGCGAUCGCGCGAGGCGUCAGGUUACGGAACUUCUACGUCGCGCACCUAAAGGGCGAGUCCCAGGCGCUGCUCGUGCGGCCCGGCAUCGUCUCGCCCGCGGAUCUCCAGGGAAUGAAGAUCGGCACGCCUUUCGGUUCCACGGCCCACUUCUACUCGACCUAUAUACCAGUUGUAUCGGGAGUCGAAUUUCAAGACGCGGACGCAAAAACACCGGCGGGCCAACUUGCCGCGGCGGACGUCCGCGUUCUCGAGCCGCCACGACGACAAUGUAUAAUAGUAUCGUACUCCUAGUCUACCGUACUAGUAGGACCACUGGCAGGACUUAGUGACAACAACAAAAA